CCAGCCUGCCCGCCGCCAUGAGGACGCUCUACUUCCUGCUGCUGACGCUGUGCCUCCUCUUCUCCCACCUGGGCCCAGGUGCUGGCUAUCUCACAGGUCUCGGCCAGCGGUCUGACCACUACAUAUGUGUACGGCAAGGAGGAACCUGUAACUUUUCUCCAUGUCCACUCUUCACCAAGGUCUAUGGUACCUGCUAUGGUGGAAAGGCCAAGUGCUGCAUGCGUUGACUCUGGCCUGGGAGUGAUGGACGAAGCAUGCGCAAGUCAAGUGAAGGUUUUGUAAUGCUU